CAGAUGAGGGCGGGAGGGCGCGUGUGGAUGGACCAUCAUGAUCGUCGUCGUGGACCUGCUGCUGAUGCUCAUCGACUUCACCUGCUCCAUCCUGAGCGCCGUGCUGCAGACCUUCCUGCGGCCGCGGCUCAAGAGCGUGGACGGCGAGCUGUGCCUGAUCACGGGGGCCGGGGGCGCGCUGGGCCGCCUCUUUGCCUUGGAGUUCGCCAAGGAGGGCGCGCGUCUGGUCCUGUGGGACUGCGACACCCGCGCCAAUGAGACCACCGCCCAGCAGGCGCGCGACCUCGGGGUCCAGGUGCACGCCUUCACGGUGGACCUGACGCGCCGGGAGAGCAUCUACCAGGCGGCGGAGAGAGUGAGGUCGGAGGUCGGCGAGGUCACCAUCCUGGUCAACAACGCCGGAGUGGUGGCGGGCAGGAGGCUGCUGGACUGUCCCGACGAGCUCCUGGAAAGGACCCUGCUGGUCAACUGCCACGCGCUUUUCUGGAUGACGAAGGCCUUCCUGCCUCACAUGAAGACCAGGAACCACGGCCACAUCGUGACGGUGGCGAGCGCGCUGGGUCUCUUCAGCACCGCCUGCGUGGAGGAUUACUGCGCCAGUAAGUUCGGAGCCGUCGGCUUCCACGAGUCACUGACGCACGAGCUGCUGGCGGAAAACCUGGACGGCAUCAAGACCACCUUGGUGUGUCCGUACAUCGUGGACACCGGGAUGUUCGCCGGCUGCGAGAUCAGGAAGGAGCUCCGGAGUUUGAUCCCGCCCCUUGAGCCGCUGUACACGGUCCAGCAGUCCAUGAGAGCCAUUCUAGCGGAGCAGCAGAUGAUCUGCAUCCCCCGGCUCAUGUACAUUCCUUUCGUGACGCGAGCGCUCCUGCCGUGGGACGCCAACGUGGCCACCUAUCGCUUCAUGGGCGGAGACAAGUGCAUGCUGCCCUUCAUCAAGAACGUGGAACAGAAAACCUCCAACGGACACGUCCAGUCGUCCUGAUGGGAGUUGGGGACCAGCUCAGAAGCCAAAGGGUCCUGGGUCUGCUGUCUGAAGGGACGCGACUCAGCUGUAGGCGCGGACUUGCAUGACUCGUAUGAAGCCUUCAGAUGUGCGGCUAUGACAUUUUAUUAAAAAUAUUGAUAUGAAAUCAUGACUUCUGGGAGGGGACGUGUGUGUUAAGGAGAUAGUGGUGUCUUCAGAGGUCCACAGGGAGGGGAGGCUCAUUUCCAGUGGAGCCUGGCCUCCUACUUCACAGGAGUUUGCCCUGAUACACCCUAAACUCAUGACAGGCUGAUGAGGCUUCAUGAAGCGGUUC